GAAAAGCUUUCCUUUCAUUCAAUUUUGUAAUUUGUUCCUUGUUAUGCGGCAAAAUGGAAAAUAAACUGUUGUGAAUAAAAAAAAAGUAAAUAAAAGAAACGUAAUAAUUACUAAAUAAAUAUGAAUCAAACCCCUAAAGUGAACGAAACGAUAAUAAAAAUGGUUAAUAAUUUAAAAACAACCGGCACUUUUAACCAGAAAACCGACGACUACAAAACGCCUCUGAAAAGGGCAAUAAGUGAGGAGAACACCUCGGAAAGCAGUUUCGAGGCAGAAACCCCAUUAAAACGAAUAAAAAGAGAAAAUAUCCUGGACGUUAGCUAUGUGGGUUCACCCAGGGAAGUGCGACGCCUUAGAUUUGAACUCAUUGAAGCCAGAAACACCAUUCUCAAUCUGGAAAACAGAAUCCAGCAUAUGCACAACGUCCGAAAAGAAAUGCAAGUUAUGUUUGAUAGUGAGACUGACUUACUCAAAAAACAGCAUGAACAUGACAGGAAAUCCAUAGAGGAUCUUGAGGAACAACUUCAGAGUAUUAGAAAGAGGGAGCAGAGCCUUAAGUUAGAGUUAUCACAGGUAAAGAGGGACUACCACAGCUUGAAGCAUACAACUGAGGAGAAGACUUCUGAGCUUAUAAGAGAGGUCCAAAACUUGAAAGAUCAGUCUGCCACCUCAUUGUUAGAGGAUAGUGUUGAGUCUGCCAAAAUUAAAAGAAGAAUUUUGGAAUUAGAGACUAUAUUGCAGGCGGCACAAGAAGAUGCUGACGCACAAAAGAAACUAGCCGAAGUGUUAGCAAAGCAACUUGAGCAAAAAAAUGAGCUACUCAAAGACCUAGAAAUGAAGGAAGUAGCUUUGGUGAAGGCCAAAAAUCGACUUGCAGUAUUGGAAAGUGCUAAAGAAGAUUAUUUGGAGUUUCAACAGCAAGCAAAGUCCCAAACCCAAAAACUGGCCAACUACAUUGAAUUAGAGAAGGAAAAUGAGCAGCUCAAAGAAGACUUUGCACGCCUAAAAGCCAACUUAAAGAACAAAAUAGUGCUUGAAGAGGAGGUGUAUGACCUACGAAACAGACUUGGAAAACAUAAGGAGUUGGAAAAGAAAGUUGCUGAACUACAGGCCCAAUGUGACCAAUCGGAAAUGAGCCUCAGCGAAUGGAAAGCUCUCGCGAGAGGUUUCUGUGAGACAACGUCAUCAGACGCCGCCCUUCCGCAGUUAUUGCGUUCGGCUAUUGAAAGACUUCAGCAGCAAGAGUUGUCCUUAACAAGCGAAAAAGUCAGCUUCGAAAGUCGUUUGAAAACUGUUGAAUAUGAGGCAAAAGUAGCCAAAACCGAAGCAGAAAAGUCGCAAAAACUGCUUAAAGAGUUAAAACUUAACGGCGAACAAAAAUCCACCCUAAUCCACCGUAUGCAGAAGAAACUUUUACUGCUCAGUCGCGAGAGAGACAGUUACAGGCUCCAAUUGGAUUCGUACGAACGGGAUUUGACCAUGGUGGCCAAUACCACCACCUCCGAAUCCAAUAUUAUGUCCAGUCAAAAAGAACGUAUUGAAAACUUGGAAAAAGUCGUCGAGGGUUAUAGGGAUAUGGUGGCCAAACUGGAAAAUGAUUUGCAAGAGGCUCAACCCCAUUUACAUGCCGAAGUGGUGCCUAUAAGACAAGAACAAAUCACGAGAUUGCAAGAUGAAAUUGCAAAGAUGCGCGGGGAGAAUGAGCAACUGCGAGAGCAACGAGACAGGCUUGAAAUUCAGCUCGAGGCGUUGUCUGAAGGUCAAGAUACACUACAUGGAGGCAAAGUAUUUCACAAUUUGGCAAAUCCUCUGGCAGAUUGUCUAGCCCAGAGGCAACAGAAACUGGAGCAAAUGCAAGAGGAGAACAUUAAGUUAAAGAACAAACUGAAAAAGAUGGAAGAAGGUAUUGAAACUAGUAAAAUUGGUGAUUUAUCAAUUUGCCCCAAAGAAGUGCAAUCUUUAAAAGAGCAAAUUAAAAACAACGAAAAACAGACCCAAAGGUUAAAAGAUUACUUUAAGUCUUCGAUGCAGGAUUUCCGUAAUGUUGUUUACAUGCUGUUCGGAUACAAAAUCGACCGGCCGUCCAACUCGAGCAUUUACAAGUUAAGAAAUAUGUACGCCGAGAAUCAGGAUGACAUUUUAUGUUUCGAGAUUAAUCAGGAGGGCGAUUUGAAUUUACUAGAAAACGAUUUUGUGGCCAAAUUGGGUCCGAUGAUCGAGCUACAUUUGAAUAAUCAGAAAUCGAUUCCGGUGUUUCUAAGUGCGAUCACACUUGAUUUAUUUAAUCAGAAAACGAUGACGAAAAAUUUUUAAUAGUAUAUCUCUUAUAAAAUAAGUUAGGGCUUACUGUAUAAUAUAUAGAGUUUUGAAUCA